AUGUCAGUAGUACCGUAUUUUGUUGCUGCUGUGGACGCAGAACGUUAUUUAAAUCAUGAAAUCAAUUUCAAAGAAGCUACGGAUAAUAUUGUUCAAAAUAUACAUAUUUAUGUGCCAUUAACAACUGCUAAACUUAUAUGUGAUACUAUUGUUCUAAGCGUGACAGGUCUUAUUAAUUAUGGACUUGAAGCUUUUAAAAAUGCUAUAAAAUUAUCAUUAAAUCAUAUUUUUACAUCACUUCGAAGUUGUUCAAUUGGUCUUAUUUUAAGUCAAUUUAAGCAUAUUUAUGAUAAACAUGAAAAAGUUUUAUUAUCUAUAUCUAUAAUUGAUUUUUACCUUAUGAAAUAUUUGUUAGAAUGUAUGGGUAUUAUACGUGCAGUAGCUGAAUCGAAUAAUAUUGAUUUUGUUAAAUAUAUGAAUAAAUGUUAUUCAGAUGAAAUUUAUAUAAAUAAUACAUCUUCAUCGAAUAAUGAACAUUCUUUUGAGCGGAAACGUGUAAAAGAUCCGGAUUUUAUUCAAAUUAUUACAAUUUCAUUAGAAGAUAUAUUUCAUGGAAAAGUAUGUGAUGUAAUUGUUAAACGAGAAAUUCGUGAUAUUAAUAAACAAAUGCCAGAAAUUGAAGAAGCAACAUAUCAAGUUAUUAUUGAACCUGGUUAUGUUGAUGGAAAAACAUUUCGUUUUAUCGAAGCAGGUUCUAAUCUUAUUUAUAUAGCAAAAAUUUCUUUACAACAGGCAUUAGAUGGUUUACCAGUUCAAAUACCAUUGAUUGAUGGAAGAACAGAAGAGUUUUAUCCAAAUGAUAUUAUUAAUCCACAUACAGAAUUUAUUAUUGAUCAAGCUGGUCUUCCGGAUCCAACAAAUAAUGGAAUUCGUGGUCGACUUAUUGUUAAAUUUGAUAUUGACUUUCCCGAUUACAAGUUAGGAAGAGAACCUGUCGAAUGA